GGCAGGAGGGAAAAUGGCACUUCAGGCGGAAGGAAUGGCAUGGGCGAAGGUGUGUGAGGGGGUGGACACAGUAGGGCUGGAAGACAGUUUUCUGGCCCAGAGAUUAUGCAGGGUGACUGGUAACAAGGAGCAUGACCGGUCGCAAGGGAAGGCCCAAGCUGUUUCCUCUCGUGCUAAAGGACCUGGAGGCUGCAGGCUGUGGGUGGGAUGCCCUCCUUCCUCACCCAUGGCCUGGCUGACGCUGCAAACCACACGCUAGAGGGAACUUGAUGUGGAAACCGAAACUGCUUCUGCUUCAAGUGAGAGUGGUGCCCUGUGCCCUGGGGCCUCCCACACAGGGCUCCCCCAGGGGCUGGCCCUGGAAAGCCUCUUCCACACAAGCCAGUCACUCUCAGUCGUCCAGGCUCAGAAGGAAAUAGGCUUAUUUGAAGCCUUACAUGCACCCUCCCUCACUUGCUGGGUGGACUUGGGGAGUCAUUUCCCCUUCCUGAACCUCAGUUUCCUCAUGUGUAGGAUGUCAGGGGUGAUGCCCCCUGUCUUAGUUACCUAGUGCUGCAAUAACAGAAACAGCACAAACGGAUGGCUUUAACAAAGAGAAACUUAUUCUCUCUCAGUCUAGUAGGCUACAAGUCCAAAUUCAGGGCACCAGCUCCAGGGCAAGUCUUUCUCUCCCUGUCGGCUCUGGAGGAAGGUCCCUUUUUUUCAUCAAUCUUCCCAUGGUCUAGGAGCUUCUCUGCGCAGGAACCUCAGGUUCAAAGCAUGCGCUCUGCUCCUGGGACUGCUUUCUUGGUGGUAUGAGAUUCCCAUGUCUCCCUGCUCAACUCUCUUUUAUAUCUCAAAGAGAUUGGCUUAAGAUGCAACCCAUUCUUGUAGAUUGAGUCCGGCCUCAUUACCAUAACUGCCACUAAUUCCACCUCAACAACAUCAUAGAGGUAGGAUUUACAACACACAGGAAAAUCACAUCAGAUGACAAAACAGUGGACAGUCACACAAUACUGGGAAUCGUGGCCUAGCCAAGUUGCCAGAUACGUUUGAGGGACACAACUCAGUCCAUAACACCCCAAACCAGGCUCCUCUCAGACAAAGGCUUUGAAGAAGGGAGGUGCUCAGGGCGGUGCUAAGGGACCCAGCUCCUGCUGCUCACCACAGGGCGUUUCGCAGACCAGGAAUGGGUCCUGAGGGGCCCAGGAUUGUAGCUGAAUUUGUGCUGAGUCCCCUACAGGGUGAAUCUUAUAUGGGGAUCCUCCUCUUCCCAGAAUGACUCCCCAACUCUGCUCACCAUCGCACAUAAAUUCCACCACUAGAGAUCAUUUCUUUGAUUUCAAGUAAUAAAAUGCACCAAGUUAUCUCAUUUAAUUCCAACAAAGUCCUGUGAGGUUGGUAUUCUUAUUCCUGUUUCCCAGAGAGAAAACAGAAGCACACAGAGGGCAAGUGAGCCUGGGGAUCCACACAGAUGGACUUUGGGGCUGCCCUGGGCCUUCCCAGGCCUGGGCCAGAGAGUUCUUUGAUGUUAGCAGGAGGAUGUGGCAGUUCCCUGACGCCUGGCACCUUGAGCAAGUGGGUGACGGAGCAGGCAAGUGGGUGACAAUCUCUUCCGCUGGUGUUGACAAGCCACCCACUAUUGGGCAACAGGAAGUGCCAGCCGGAGCGCCAGAGACUAGCAGCCCAGAUGGGGAUGGGGUUACCAUAUGAAACUCAGAGCUUCCUGGCUGGCUGCAGAAACAGGGAAACGCAAAGCUGAUUCACGUUGGGGAGGUACACUGGGCUGAGGCAGGAGCCUGCUUUCCGUGUUCAAGGAACGAGGAGGCCUGUGUGGCUGGGGCAGAGUGAGCCAAGGGGAAAGUGUUUGGCAACAAUGUCAAAAACAUAGCAGGGAGCCAGAGCUUGCAGGAUUCGAGUUCUAAAAAAUCCAAUGACCAGGCCACACCCCAAAUAAAUUACCCCCGAAAUUUCUGAGGUGGGCCCUGGACAUCUUCUGUAUUUUCAUAAUGUUCCCCCUUGUUUCCUACACGUAGCCAGGGUUGAGAAUCACUGGUACAGGCUAACGUGCUGUUUCUGAAUUAAUUGCCGUUGUGAUGAUGAGCAACCAUUUGGCUUCUACGAUCUACGUGACCUCAUUUGACUCUCACCUGGAAGUAGCUGCGUUUUUAUUGUUCUCAUUUUAUAGUGCAGGGACUUUGUGGCCCACGUGGGCUACGAGGUGCUGCUGCAGAGGCUGCUGGACGGCAGGAAGAUGUGCAAGGACGUGGAGGACCUUCUACGGCAGAGGGCCCAAGCGGAGGAGCGGUACGGGAAGGAGCUGGUGCAGAUCGCCCGGAAGGCAGGGGGCCAGACGGAGAUCAACUCCCUGAGGGCCUCCUUUGACUCCCUGAAACAGCAAAUGGAGAAUGUGGGCAGCUCGCACAUCCAGCUGGCCCUGGCCCUGCGUGAGGAGCUGCGGAGGCUUGAGGAGUUCCGUGAGAGGCAGAAGGAACAGAGGAAGAAGUACGAGGCCGUCAUGGACCGUGUCCAGAAGAGCAAGCUGUCACUCUACAAGAAGACAAUGGACUCCAAGAGGACAUAUGAGCAGAAGUGCCGUGACGCGGACGAUGCCGAGCAGGCCUUUGAGCGCAUCAGUGCCAGCGGCAACCAGAAGCAGGUGGAGAAGAGCCAGAACAAAGCCAAGCAGUGCAAGGACUUGGCCACAGAGGCUGAUCGGGUGUACAGGCAGAACAUUGAGCUGCUGGAGAAGGUGCGGGGCGAGUGGGAGCAGGAACACCGGACCACCUGUGAGGCCUUCCAACUGCAGGAGUCCGACCGGCUGACCAUCCUGCGCAACGCACUGUGGGUGCACAGCAACCAGCUGUCCAUGCAGUGCGUCAAGGACGACGAGCUCUACGAGGAGGUACGGCUGACACUGGAAGGCUGCAGUGUGGAUGCCGACAUCGAUGGCUUCAUCCAGGCAAAGAGCACGGGCACCGAGCCCCCAGCCCCAGUGCCCUACAUGAACUACUACGAUCGAGAAGUCACCCUAUCUGGCAGCCCUAACACACAGGCGUCCUUCCGCAUGAUAAAGAGGUUCUCUGAGCUGCUGCAUGGAAGUCCCAAGAUGCCAUCGACUGCAGCUCCUGCCGCCUCCACAGAGAGCCUGAGCCUCACCUCCGAGAAGAGUAACAGUGUCUACGCUGCCAUCGCAGUGCAUGAUACGUCGGGAACCCCCAGCCUGCCAGCCCAGGGCUACAAGGCACUCUAUGACUACACAGCGCAGAAUUCCGAUGAGCUGGACAUCUCCACAGGGGACAUCCUGCAGGUCAUCCUGGAAGGGGAGGACGGCUGGUGGACAGUGGAGCGGAAUGGGCAGCGUGGCUUUGUCCCUGGUUCCUACCUGGAGAAGCUCUGAGGAAGGGCAGGAGCCCCCACCUGGACCUCCCUUGCCUGUGGAGCCAGCAGUGCCCCCACCACUGCCCAGGCUUUGCUGCGGCCCCAGAACCGAGCCUACUCACCCUGGGGAUGGAUGCUGGCUGCUCCCUAUGGAGCCUCUCCCACAGGGAAUAAAGAAGUGCCUUCUUUUUC